CAGACGCACACAGUUACAAUGGCAACAUGUAGCGGCUCCGUAGAUGAAUUAAAUGAACCUGGAGCUGCUCCUCAUGGAAACUUCAUAAACUACUACACCUUUAAUCCUCCAGAGAACCGUCUGAGUCUCAUUCCUGCCUCUCUCCUCCAGGAUUUAGGUUACAACCGCGGGGAAGAGAACACGCUAAUGUUGGACGUGGGCUGUAAUUCUGGGGACCUGAGUGUAGCCUUUUACAAGCAUGUGGUGCAGGAGCCUGUGAGUGAAGACGAGUCAGAGAAGAGCAGAGUUCAUCUCCUGGGCUUCGACCUGGACGAGGCUCUAAUCCAGCGAGCUCAGCAGACCAACCCUCUGCCCCGCAGCAUCUCCUUCAUCCCUCUGGACAUCACAACAGACACAGAGCAGCUGCAGCGUUACCUGGAGCAGCACGGCUGCUCUCACUUCCACUUGAGUCUGUGCCUGGCUGUCACCAUGUGGGUCCAUUUGAACCACGGAGACUCGGGCCUGCUGCAGCUUCUCUCUCACCUGGCCUCCAUCAGUCAGCAUCUCCUGCUGGAGGCGCAGCCAUGGAAGUGUUAUCGCUCUGCGGCUCGGCGGCUGAGGAAGCUGGGUCGCUCGGACUUUGAUGUCUUCAAGACCCUGAAGAUUCGUGGGGAUAUGGCUGCACAUGCCAGGGAACACCUGGAGAGAGACUGUGGCAUGGAGCUCAUACAGAGCUAUGGCAGCACUGUGUGGGACCGCAAACUGCUACUGUUCAGGAGGAGAUUGGUCUAAAGGAACAGUGUUGAGUUUUCAUCUGCUGCACAGGAGCUGCAGGGACAUUAUUAUACAAUCAUUUCACUGUUUGCAGCUUUAGAAAUAUAAGAGUUUUGUUAAUCUGGGUAUUACUGGGGUGUGUAUGCUUGGUUUAACAAAAAUAAACACAUUUUGUUAAUAAGU